AUGUCACACGAUACGGACAAGUCAACAAAGUCGAGCAUUAUGAGUUCCGCAACGGAGAUGCAGGCAUGUGCGGUAUACUCACCGAACAAGGCUAUACAAGCGUUCUUGUUGGCGGCAAGUCCAAUAUUCCGGGAACUACAAGAUCUUCGAACUCGGGGCUGGGAGAGUCCAGUUGGGGACCGCUUCUUUGCGGAACAAAGACAGGUUGCAGACAAUGCGAGUGGACGCACGGCUGAGGUUUUCUACAAGAUGAUGAAGAAGAUCGCAAGAGAAAUGGAUCGUGACACAGGUGUCUUCGGAUUGCACUGGUCAUUCAGAAACCCACGGAGAAUCCUCGAUAUGUGUAUGGCGCCAGGAGGCUAUCUUGCAGUAGCAUUAGAACGGCAUCCUGGGGCUUCGGCGUUGGCUUUCAGUCUUCCCACUUCUGAGGGCGGACAUAAGGUUCUGUUGCCAGAGUCACUCGGAGUCCAGAUCCGAUACCUGGACAUCACGAUGCUCGCAGUCGAUAUGGGCGUGGAUCACAUCCCUGAGGAUCAUCCAGACAAAGGCAAAUUCGAAUUGCAGAAGGUUCUGCCUCCUAUUUCUUCUGAUCUAAUCUUCUGCGAUGGCCAAGUGCUGAGAACGCAUCAACGCGCGAAGUAUCGAGAACGUCGGGAGGCUGCAAGGCUGACGUCGAGCCAGCUUGCAUUGGGUCUACAGCAUAUUGAACCUGGCGGCACGAUGGUCAUACUGCUUCACAAGGCCGAAGCGUGGCCUACAUUGAAUCUGAUCUACCAAUUCAGCAAGUUUGCUACAUUAAAGCUAUUUAAGCCAGUCAGCUUCCACGCUAAGCGGUCGUCAUUCUAUCUAAUCGCAUCGGACGUGCGACCUGAUCUCACAGACGCAAGACAAGCUGUUGAAACCUGGAAAACACUGUGGAAUGUAGCAACUUUUGGUACAGAAGCUGCCUACACUGCUCUGAGCACGCCCAAAGAGGAGGAAGUGCACUACUUACUCAAUGCGUUCGGACAUGUUUUUAUAUCACUAGCGCAGGAUAUAUGGGCUACGCAAGCUCGCGCAUUAGCAAGGGCACCAUUCAUGCAAGCGUAG